UGAGACCCUGGAUGUGACCAGCCCACCUGAUGGUUUAAAGGGGCGUGAAGGCGUGGGAAGGGAGUGGGACACUUCCAGGAUGAGUGAGCGACACGCGCAGGUUGGAAGCAGAGGCCUUUUACUCGUCAUGGUGCUUGUCAUCAGCCUCUGGGAUAGGUGCGAGGGCUCGACAGCAGCGCAGCAUGUUCCCACAGGCACCUGCGAGGUGGUCGCCUUGCAUCGCUGCUGCAACAAGAACAAAAUCGAGGAGCGCUCGCAAACCGUCAAGUGUUCCUGCUUUCCGGGCCAAGUGGCCGGCACCACCAGGGCCGCCCCCUCCUGCGUCGACGCGUCCAUAGUGGAGCAGAAGUGGUGGUGUCAGAUGCACCCGUGCCUUGACGGCGAGGAAUGCAAAGUCCUGCCCGAUCUGACGGGCUGGAGCUGCGCCACGGGGAACAAGAUCAAAACCACCAAGAUUUCCGCCGACAGAGAGCAACUUUGGUAACGGCGCGUACUUUGCCGGGGGACUCGAGGUGAAUCAAAGGAGAAGAGGAGCCGAUGCAAAGAACUUUUCUGUAAAUAGACUGCAGUGAGUCCUGGGAAAACCAUGAAUCAGUCCCUCGUGAACUACAACGGACAUCCAAAUAGAGGAGUAGAUUUAAAUAAGGGGACUCGUUUGAAAGAAGCCUGAGCGGACAACGGGAUUUGCUCUCUUGUACCAUUACUGCUUGUCGUGGAUUACAAUGGUGACCUUUGCCUAAAUGUUCGAUUCUAGAGUCACGCGUCCGUUAGGGGUUUCGUUUCUUCGGCCCGGGCAGUCGCCGACAAACCAAGUCGCUUCGAGGGGUUGACCGUGCCGAAAAAAAAAAAAAAAAAAACAACGUAGCGUAGCCGAGUAGCAGAUCUUCUGGGGGAUUUUCAAAGCCGUACACAAACACCAAGACGCGACUCCGGCCGAAACGUUUUGAUGUCAUUACACGACCCGUUUCCAUACAUUUCAAACUUAUCGGAGGGAUUUGCAUAAAAAUGCACCGUCACUGCAGCGAUGGCCGGAUCUGCUAUCUUGAUAACCAGCCAGCCCAAGCUUGCAGGAAGUACUUUUGCAGUUUUUGUCCUUGGGAAAUUCAU